GGAAGUUCUUUUUGAGUGUUGCUGACGAGUCGCUGAUAACUAGGAGUAUUGUGGAAGUAACUUUAGCUAGCUGACGUUUAGAAUUUUAGAAAUGUCUAACGCAACACCCGUGACCAAGCCUUCAAACAAAGAAAACCCCCGUGUCUUCUUUGAUGUAGACAUUGGUGGUGAAAGAGUUGGCCGAAUCGUGUUCGAACUGUUUGCUGAUGUUGUCCCCAAAACCGCUGAGAACUUUCGAGCACUCUGUACUGGAGAGAAGGGAACUGGCAAAACCACAGGAAAACCACUCCAUUUCAAAGGAUGUCCUUUCCACAGGAUUAUCAAGCAGUUCAUGAUCCAGGGAGGAGAUUUCUCCAACCAGAACGGCACUGGAGGGGAGAGCAUCUAUGGGGAGAAGUUUGAAGAUGAGAACUUCCAUUACAAGCACGACAAAGAGGGCUUGCUGAGUAUGGCCAAUUCUGGACCCGCCACCAAUGGCUCCCAGUUCUUCAUCACCACUGUGCCCACUGCUCAUCUAGAUGGCAAACACGUUGUCUUUGGACAAGUCUUGAAGGGGUUAGGGCUGGUGAAAACACUGGAGGCCAUAGAGACUAACGAGGACACACCUCUCAAGCCCUGUGUAAUUGCCGAGUGUGGUGAGCAUAAACAUGGAGACAACUGGGGAGUAGCCCCGAACGACGGCUCAGGGGACACCCAUCCAGACUACCCAGAGGACGCCGACGUUGAUUUAAAAGAUGUUGACAAAGUCCUAUGUGUUGCUGAGGAUAUUAAGAAUAUUGGGAACAACUUUUUCAAGAACCAAGACUGGCAGUCUGCAAUCAAGAAGUACUCCAAAGCUCUCAGGUAUCUGGCAGUUGCCGGUGAUGAGCAGGAGAUUGAGAAAGCCCAGGCGAAGCUGGAGCCCACGGCGGUGAGCUGCAUUCUCAACACCGCUGCCUGUAAACUGAAGAUGCAGCUCUGGCAGGAAGCCAUGGACAGCUGUGACGAGGCACUGGAGUUGAACCAGAAAAACACUAAAGCUCUGUUCAGGAGGGCCCAGGCCUGGCAGGGACUGAAGGAGUACAGUAAAGCCAUGAGUGAUCUGAAGAAAGCUCAAGAAAUAGCACCAGAGGACAAAGCGAUUGGAAAUGAGAUGAAGAGAGUCCAGUUGAAAGUGAAGGAGGAAAAGGAGAAAGAGAAGCAAAUCUAUGCAAAAAUGUUUGCAUGAAGAUCAGACAAUCAUUUGAUAAAGUCCACUCGCCAAUAAUGAGUUAUUUCUGUAAGGCAGCUAGCUACAAUCAGGUCCCAAUUGAAAACCACCACAGUAUAAUAUUGGCUGUUGUUGAAAGUUAUUUGUGUGGCACACAAGGGUUGCUGAAAAUUAAGUAUGGAGGAAGCUUAACCCUGUCAGCAUUUUGUCUGAGUAUUUCACUGUAUUCAUUUAUUUGGAGUGUUAUGUCAAUGAUACUCAUGUUUACAAAGAACUACUGUAAUAUCCCUUUGUCUGAAUGUUUAAGGUAAGCCAUACAAUUGUGGUUAGUUAAGACUCAUUCUGGAAUUUGCCUACUCCACCUGUAUGCGGUGCAAUUAAAUUCUACCUGAACAUUCAA